AUGCUGGCUUCUCGUGCUCGUAUUGACGUCUAUCACGGACACCUUGCUUAUUCUCGAGAGAGUUGCGAGAUGGAAGACAGGCUGGCAGACAGACAGACAGGACAGGGCAAGGCAGGCCAGAAGAUUUCCGAGAGAAACCCGAAAGCUCUCUGGGCCCUUCGACAGUCACGCUGUUCUGCUGCUUUUCUUUUCUCCUUCCCCUAUCCCUAA